GUUGCGGGCGCUCCUCUCUGUGCUUACGGCACGGCGGCGGACUUCGUGGAUGGUGCACCGCAACAUUCUAGCAACGCCGGGCCGCUGCUCCGCAAACCCGCAGCCGCUCGUUCGCAGCAUAGCGAUGCCAUCUUGGUGCAAUUGUCCGACGCGUUGCGCCUACUUGCGGCACUGAACCACAGGCGCCCGGCAGUGAUUGGCAUCUGGCUGAUCCACUAUGUCGCGUGCAAAAUGCACGCUCUUGCGUGCUGGCGCCAUUUUGGCUUCAACACUCCUUGAGGCUGAACCCUGUCUCGACGGGUGAUGCCCCAUGUGAUUUGAGUUUGCCCCGGCGGUUGUAGUCAUUACAAGGCUUUCUCGGCGGUCCAGCGGUUCAGCAGUUAGUUUGUUGCAAGCACCUUCCAUGACAUGUAGCGCCAUUGCAGCCAGUGUGCUUUCAUUGUCAAGCGACUAACAGCAAUGCCAAGGUGUUGCGGGAGCGUGCGGCUAGGAUGAGCGGGGAUAACUGCAUGAAUGGAGGAUCAGCUACAUGAAUGGAGGAUCAUAUCCACUAUGUGUCCUUUUUGCUCAAGUCUGUUGCGGCAGUGUGUACAAUUAUUGCUCAAACUCUGCCGCAGACGCAGCAUAGCAACCACACUUGUUCAGCGAUGUCAUUGGCUUGUUCCGAAGAUCGGACUGACAAUGCGUCCGUUGCGUCCGUUUCUAUCAUUGGAGGGGGCAUUGCUGGCCUCGCAUGCGCGAGCUCUCUUGUGGAAUUCGGUAUGGAUGUGCGUCUCUUCGCCACGGGACAGCGUGGCGUUGGCGGGCUGCUCGCAACGCGGCACUUCUUCGCGGGAGAGUCCGACGCAGCGAUUCCUUGCGACACAGCUUGCCAGCUCUUCAGUGCUAGCCACCCGCGGUUCCGUGAGUUGUGCGCGCUCUGGGAGGAGCGCGGAUGGGUACGACGUUGGCCAGGCCGCGCCGUGUUUCUUCGCCCUGACGGCAGUUGCAGAGAUACACAGAACAGCCGGGAGGUUUUCGUGGCUGAUGGCGGCAUGGAGUACUUAGCACGACAGUUGGCCGUUGGCAUUUCUUCUGCAGGUGCUUCCGUGAGAACACAGAUGUGGGCGACAGCUGCUGAGCGCACUCGGGAUGGUCGUUGGGACGUUCGCUGGGACCACUGGAGCAUGGGUGUCAGCGACUACCUCGUGGUGGCUCACAGUGGCAAGUGUGCAAAGCGCAUCACUAGCAGUCCUGGCCUUGAGCGUUGUCACGCUGCGCUGAAGGGUGUUCAGCUUGGUGUCAUGUGGUGCGUGUGCUUUGUAUUUGCGGACAGGCUGGGUCUCCCGUUUGAGAUUGGAAUCGUGGAGCAUGGACGCGUGUUAUCAUGGGUCGGGAACCAGACCGAGAAGUUGCGCGCGGGUAGUGGCUCCCCUUCGACCAGCGAGUGUUGGGCCCUUCUCAGCAGCAACGAGUACGGCUGGAAGAAUAAAGUGCCCCAGGAAUUUGUCCCUGCAGGGAAGGCGGAGUCUGUGGCCGCAGAUAUGCUGGCGGCGUUCGCCUCGCUCGCGAAGGCUCAGGGCUGCGAGCUGCCACCAGUGCAGCGGCAGUAUGUGCAGCUCUGGGGUGCAGGGCCUCCCUCGAACACAUUGCAGGAAGCCGACGCUGUCUUCGACCCGAUCACACGAGCGGGCGUUUGUGCAGACUGGUGCGUGUCGCCGUGCGUCGAGGGCGCGGUACUCUCUGGCCUCAUCCUGGCUGAUCUCAUUUGGGCGCACCAUGCGCGGGCCCCCGGAGCCGCACGCGCGCACCAUCCGCCAGGGCAGCCUCGUUUCGAACCCUCGCGCAGGGCCAGCGCCAUUGCUGCCUUUCCAGGCUGGCUCGACCCAUCGACGAGUUCUUCUUCAACGGUGGCUGCUGCCAGGCGUCCAGUGCUACUUCCGGGCAAGGCCACGAUCGGUGAGUCUUGCAGCAGUGCUGGCUCGCGUGCCUCACGUUGGCGACGCGCGGCUCACACGACUGCGCCUCUCGAGGUCAGCCCAGCGCAGAUUCCAGAGCGACAGCAGCGGCGUUGGGCCAGAGCGUGCGGUGUGCGCAACGACCCCGCGCUAGCAAGUGAUAAAACGGAGAGGCCAAGUACGGGGCCAUGUUUGGAUAAAUGUUUGCAGAUGGCCGUCACAGUCGACGAGCUGCAACCGGGCAUGCUCUUGCUCCGGGGCCUCCUUACUGAGUCGGCGCAGCAGUGGGUGGCCGAUGCGGCGUUGGAGGCGGGCGGUGCUGGCAAAGGACCGCGGCCACGGAGCACUGGCUUCUACCGGGCAGCUCGAGGUGGUGGUCUGGAGCUCAACGCUGCGCAGGAGGGGCGGGGCUCUUUUGUUAGGCACUUGUCCGCAUGCGACCCAUUGUUUUCGGAGAUCUGCCUACGAUGCUUCGCCGCAGCAGCAGCGGUGGCUUCUCCAGGGACGCUGCCAGAGCUUGACGCCCAGGCUUGUGCUUUCAACUUUUAUGAGGAGGGAUCGCGAGGUAUCCCUUGGCAUCGUGAUAUUGACGAGACAAAUGAAGGACUUCGUAAUGGCACUGGCAGGCCAGUUGUGUCCAUCAGCCUCGGCGACGACGGAGAUUUUCAGUACCGAGCUCAGCGAUUCGAUGACCCAGUGCAAUCGUUGCGGCUCAGGUCUGGCGAUGUCCUCGUCUUUGGUGGCCCUUCCCGUGGUAUACCACAUGCCAUGACAAGGGUCUUUCCAGGAACACGCGCUGGCACCUUGCGCAUGGUGCCUGGCCGCCUGAACCUGACUUUCCGACAUCACGUCUAGUCGGGAGAGGUAUGUUGUCGCGGAA